CCUGGGAGACGGCGGCUGCAUGGCGAUGACCUCGGUGCCGCGUGCCAAGAUAGUGCCGCGCCUCCCCUUCUCUUAGGGAAUCCCAGCGCUGGAGGUGACCUAGUGCCUGCUCCACUCACGAGACGGCGCUGCGGGAGGCGGGAGUUCCGGAAAUGUUACGUGAUUCGGGGCCAGGACCCUAAUGGACACGCGGGUCGCAGGAGGAGACGCAGAAGAGGUGGGAGUCGCGCCAGAACCCGAGCGCCGCCGACCUGGGCAAGCUAUAAAGGGAGCCGAGGUGGAAACCGGCCAGUGUGCAAGAGAGUCUCGGUUGAUGAGCAUCUCUCUGUCUGUCGUUCUUGUCGCAUCUGUUGGAGUCUGACUAAGUGCACCAUGAGGCGCCUCCUGCUGGUGGCGAUGGUGGUGGCGGCGGCGGUGGGCGCUGCGCAGAAGAGAAAUAACUGGUCCUGGGGAGCUGACGGCGAGGACCCCAAGCCCGCUGACACCAACUCCGAUGAGUCCAAGAAAAGGUCCAUCACCGGCUUCGGUGUAGUGGAUCCUCCUGUCUUCCCCGGCGGCCCAGCACCUGGCCCAGGCUUUGCUCACGCCCCCGGCCCUGCCCUCACCCACGCCCCAGGCCCUGCCUUCACCCAUAUUCCUGGUCCUGCCCUCACUCACGCUCCUGGUCCUGCCCACCCCCUUGGCCAUCCUGGUGGCCCUCAUGUAGUCCACGUGGACGGUCCUACCCCUACUCACGGCCCCGUGGAGCCUUUGGUGACAGGCCACCAGCUGCGCGGCGAGGACCGCAGCGUGGUGGCGGGGCCCGGGGACGGCAAGUCUGAGGCGAGGUUCCUGGGCAUCAAAGACAAGCUGUGUGAAUUUGGCCUUGCUUAUGAUUGCCACAAAGGGAAGGGCUACAAGGGGUACGGCUACAGCCACCACGACAUCUCCUACGUGCAGCCCGUGCAGGUGGUGGCCGUCGGGGGCCCCAUCGCCGCCGUGCCCGUGGCUCACAAAGGCUACGCCCACAAGGGGAAAGGCUAUGGCGUGCCCGUUAGCUACCCCGCCGCCCCUCCUGUCUACCACGCCCCUGCCCAGCCUUCCUACGGCCCACCCCCGCCCCCAGCCUACCAUGCACCGAGCUACGACCACCACCACCACGAGGCCGGCGUGGUGAAUCACGUACACACGCACAAACACCUCUACAACUCCGGCCACGGGUACGGCGGAAGCUACGGCAAGGACAACUCCUUCGACAGCUCCUACUCCAUCGAUAAACAUGACGGCGGACCCAACCCCUUCAUCCCAGGCUCGCCCUUCAGCCCCGCCAGCAACACCUUUCCCUCCUCGCCCUUCCUCAACGACUGCGAGUGCGUGGCUGCUCAAUUCUGCGCCUUCGGGGACGUCAUUCCAAGAAGCAACGACCUCCUGCAGCACAUCACUGCGCGCAACAAGCGAACUGACACGCUCUCCAUUGACGGCGAGGAGGACGAGGCGGUGGCGGCGUCCGAGGGCAGCGAGGUGGCGGUGAAGAGCGAGACGGCAGAGGCAAGGAAGUCCAGGCGCAGGAGGGACACUGUGAUCUUCGAGGACAACAAGAGGCCUGAGCGAGACACGAUGGUGUUCAGGGAGACGUUUGGUGGCCCAGGCAUCAGAGGACUGCCCCACUCCAGCAGCCGCCAAGGGUUCCAAGGCGGCUCUUCACCGUUGCAGCUCGGGGCGCAUGGAGGGCCGUGUGGGUUUGGUCGGGUGUGCUGCCGCAACCCAGUCUUCCGUCAGCAGCGCGCCAUCAACACCUGCGGCAGAAGGUCAAACACGCUGGGUAACCUGGGCCGCGUCAAGACCAACCGCUUCGAGCAAGGCGACACAGAGUUCGGCGAGUACCCUUGGCACGGCGCGAUCUUGAGGCGCGACGCUGGAGAUAACGUGUAUGUGUGUGGCGGUGCGCUCAUUGACUCCCGCCACCUGUUGACCGCCGCCCACUGCAUCACCGGACUGUCGCCGAGUGAGCUGAAGGUGCGCCUGGGUGAGUGGGACGUCAGCGGCAAGACAGAGUUCUACAAGCACUUCGACACCAACGUGGCUGGCAUCUACUCUCACCCUGACUUCUACGCCGGCAACCUACAGAACGACGUGGCCGUGAUCAGGCUGCAGAGCGCCGUGGAUAUGGUGUCCAACCCACACAUCUCCCCGGUCUGCCUCCCGGAACGCCACACCUCCUACAAUAGCCAGCGGUGCUUCGUCUCCGGCUGGGGUAAAGAUGCCUUCGGGAAUCACGGCAACUUCCAGCACCUCCUGAAGGAAGUGGACCUGCCCGUCAUGGACCGCAGGACCUGCCAGUCCACCUUCCAGCGAACCAAACUCGGUAGCCAGUUCUCUCUUCACAGCGGCAUGAUCUGCGCCGGCGGGGAGGAGGGCAAGGACGCCUGUGAGGGUGACGGGGGCAGCCCACUGGUGUGUCAGGGGCCGGGCGGGUCUGUGGAGCUGGCGGGGCUGGUGUCGUGGGGCCUGGGUUGCGGCGAGCGAGGCAUUCCUGGAGUGUACACCAACGUGCCUUACUACAUCGACUGGAUCCGCUCCAUCACCAAGUCCUAGACAGCUUCAGUCACGCCGCCAUGAGAGAGGAGCUGGGUUAGUGGUGGUUAGCGUCACUUCCAUCAUGUUAGCUCUCUCUCUUCGGACACCCAGUAGUAGUAAUAGUAGUAGUAGUAGUAGUACUAGUAGUAGUAGUAGUAAUAGUAGUAGUUGUUGUAGAUAGGAGUUGAUAAGGUAUUUGUUGAAUCAGGUGAGAUAUAGUUAUUUUCAUACAUGCAUUGGACUGCUGUGUGUGUGUGUGUGUGUGUGUGUGUGUGUGUGUGUGUGUGUGUGUGUGUGUGUGUGUGUGUGUGUGUGAGAUGACGCAAGCAAGUGAGCACACGGUCAGUCUUUUAGCCUUAUUUAUUCUGUAUACCACAUGUUUCGUUCAGUUUUCACACUUAAUCUUGUAUAGAAGUGAACCUUUCUAAAAACUGCUCCUGUAUUCCACGUGACGCUCGCAAAGUCUGUACAUUUCCCGCUAGUUUACUUGAAGCACGUGUUACAAACCUUACCACACACACCAUUACUGUCGUUGUCUGUUGAUUGGGUGUCAGUGUAGUCUAGUGAACCAAAGCCUUACAAAUUAGACAUGCAUGAUAUGAUUUUUUUAUACCAAUCUGUUAUAUUUUUUGUUGUAUUUAAUUUGUCAGUCAUCUUUCUCUACUGGUUAGGGAGGAUUGACUGCAGUUCCUCACUAUUAAUCCUGAGCGCAGCAUGGUCUGUGUAUACCGAGCCUGGUUUGUUCCCUUCACCUUUAACUUAUUGUGUAAAUUACUCGCAAACUCAUCUCAUCUGUUCCUCUGUGCUAUUAAGUAAAGGAACAUAACACGUCUUGUAAUACGCCGUUCAAAAUCGUGUCGUGUCGCAUCACUUUUUAAUUUCGUUGUGUCUCGUUCGCAUCAAGCAGAGUUAGAAAAGGAUUACUAACACCUAUUUUUUUUUUUUCUUUUUUGUUCAACACGUCCUUCCUGUGACCAAACUUCGUGCGAGGAUGUAAGUUAUGGUGUUGUAAAUAAAGUUAACAAGAUGUGGAUA